CAAAGGCAGACACUGAACCGACUGAGCCACCCAGGCAUCCCUGGAUCAAUUUCAUUUGAGGAUGUGACUAUAAACUUUACGCAGGAGGAAUGGGGUCAACUGGACCCCGAUCAGAGGACCUUGUACAGGGAUGUGAUGCUGGAGAACUAUAACAUCUUUCUCUCGCUAGAAGAAUUGAAAGUUGAUGGCAUAAUAGAGAGCAAAGAAAACCAAGACAAACAUUUAUGGCAACAUGCAUUUAUCAAUAACAAAAAAGUGACUACAGAGAAAGAGAAUGUGUUAAGGAAAACACUUAAUCUGUGCAUAGACUUUAUUCCUUCCAUAAAAUUGCCACGUAAAUAUAAUCUAGAUGGAAUUGGUUCAGAAAAUAUGUCAGAGUUAACCAUUAAUAAAAGCUAUUCGGGAAAGAAAUCUGAUGAUGGCAAUGGUUACAAGAAAUUGCUUCCUGAUAUUAAUCAUGAAAAAACUCAUACUAGAGAGAAGUUUGAUGAAUUUGAUAAAAAUGAGAGCAUCUUCUAUCAUAAUGAGAAUUUUAUUCAGCAACAAAAGAUUCACACUGUGGAACAACUGCCUGAAUAUAAUGAUUGCAUUAAAACCUCCCACAGUAAUGCUCUCUUGAUUACACAUAAGAAAAUUCACACAGGAGAGAAAUUAUGUGAUUAUAAUAAACGUCAGAAAACUUUCAGGAGUGAGUCAAACCACAUGCUACGUCAGAUAACUUACUCAAGGAAGAGUCACUAUAAAUUCAGUGAAUGUGGGGAAAGCUGUGAAAAGUCAGUCCUUUGGAAGAAACAUCCUAGAAUUCACAUGGGUGAAGAAUGUGAGAAAUACCACGAGUGUGAUGUAUGUGGGAAAACCUUCCUCCGGAAGUCAAACCUCACAAUACAUCACAGAAUACACACAGGAGAAAAACCAUAUAAAUGUAAUGAAUGUGGGAAAUCCUUUUACCAGAAGUCAACCCUCACUGUACAUCAAAGAACUCAUACAGGAGAGAGACCCUAUGAAUGUGUUAAAUGUGGGAAAAAAUUCUACCAGAACUCAGCCCUCCAUCAGCAUCAAAGAACACACACAGGGGAGAAGCCUUACAAAUGUAGUGAAUGUGGAAAAUCUUUCUCCCAAAAGUCAGACCUGACUGUGCAUCAAAGCUCUCACACAGGAGAAAAACCUUAUAAAUGUAAUAAAUGUGACAAGUCCUUUAGUAUAAAGUCAAAACUCACUGUACACCAGAGAAUACACUCAGGGGAGAAGCCCUAUGAAUGUAGCAACUGUGGGAAGAUGUAUCAUAUGAAGUCAACCCUCAUUAAGCAUCAAAGACUACACACAGGGCAGAAGAUAUACGAAUGCAGUGAAUGUAGGAAGACCUUCUGUGGGAAGUCGGUCCUCCUUAAACAUCAGAGAAUUCAUACAGGGGAGAAACCUUACGAGUGUGUAGAAUGUAGGAAGACCUUUUCUGAGAAGUCAACCCUCAGUAAACAUCAGAGGAUUCAUACUGGAGAGAAACCGUUUGAAUGUAACAAAUGCGGGAAGUCUUUCUGCCAAAAGUCACAGCUCAUUGAACAUCAGAGAAUUCAUACAGGGGAGAAGCCCUUUGAAUGUAAAGAAUGUAGGAGAACAUUUUGCCAGAGGGCAUCCCUCAAUGUACAUCAGAGAACACACACAGGAGAGAGGCCCUAUGAAUGUAACGAAUGUGGAAAAUCUUUUUAUGAUAGUUCGACCCUCACUAAACAUAAGAGGAUUCAUUCAGGGGAGAAACCCUAUGAAUGUAAUGAAUGUGGGAAGACCUUCAGCCACAAAGCAACUCUCACCACACAUCAGAGAAUACACAAAAGAAAAACACUGUAAAGAUGGAUGGUGAAACCGUCUUGCUUUAACUCAGAACUGUUGGCCUGACAGAAAGUAUAUCCAGGGAGGUAACCCUAUGGUUGUAAUGAAUGUUGGAAGUCCUACCAGAAGUCAGCCUUCAGUUUACAUCAUAGACCAUACAGGGGAGAUACCCGGCAGUGUUUUUACCAAACUCGGCAGAGAGCAAGUAGGAUGAUGUGCAUGAGAUCUGGCCAGUGGGCUGUGAGUGUAAUGAUGUAAUUCACUUCUGGUCUGACACUUAAUGGUCUCCAUGGCAAUUCUUUGUAUUCUAUGCUCUCUAUGGAGUAGGAUGUAGGGUGCUUUCUGUUGAGAGGUCAGCACUCACUGUGUGUUGGUGAACUCACACAAGAGUAGAAAUCUCUGUCAACAUCUUGGUGUUUAGAAACCUAAUCCACAAGUGAAACUUACUGUAACUGGAGAAAUCAGAGUUAAGAAAUCUUGAGAUUGCAACAAAUUUUAAAAAGCCUUUACCAAAAGGUAUUUUCUCCUUGAACCUCAGGUAAACUAAUAGACUGAAACCAUGUAAGCACAUGGUUUUCUGAAAGCUUACAGCAAAACAUAUUGUAUUUCAGAGAAUUAUUAUUGAGGGAAACUGGAUUUAGAAAAUACAGAAAUUUUUUUCUUUAGAAAAGAUUUUUAAGUUGUAACAUGGGAGAUACAGAGGCCAGGUAUAUAUUUUUCAUGUUUAGCACUACUCUGAGUUUAAGAAAGCUGCUGUGAACAGUAAGCUCAUUGUACUUACCACCAUAAAAUGUGUUCAUUAACAAAGCAACCCCAUCCCUGAAAUGUUUACUUGGUGAACUGAAGUAGGUUUGAGUGUGCCAAACCCAAGUUAGAUGUAACCUGGGAACUAUGUGUAUAGCAACAUGCCAUAUGUUGUUCUUUGCCUUUACUUCUAGUAAAGUAUGUGUUGGCAACCAUGAUAUGGUGCAAGGAUUGGCAAACUUUUUCUGUAGAAGGCCAUAUAGUAAAUACCUUAACCUUAAGGCUACAUGUGCUUUUUGUCACUUUUUUUUUUUUUUACAACCUAUUAAAAAUGUAAAAAAUUAUUCUUAGCUCAUGGGCCAUUGAAAAACAGACUUGGCCAGAUUUAGCUUAUGGACCAGAGUUUGUGGACUGUUUUAACAGUGGUUAAAAGCAUGGACUCUGAAAGUGUACUUGCUAGGCUCAGGUCCCACACAGCACAUUAGCUGUGUGGCCUGGGACAAAUCCUUUAACAUUUGUUUCUCAUUUCUUUUUUGCAAAAUGAUGACACUGCCAUUACACUACUAACAUGGAGUUCUAGUAAGGACUAGGGAAGUUAAUAAAUACAAAGUACUAAAACACUGCAUACAGUGCUGCAAGUGUUAGCUAUUAUAUGACUUGCAGCAGAUUUGUUGGAGCUUUGCAGACUUUUGAUUACCUACUCCGCUGUUCUUCACUCUGUGCCAGUAGAAGAUUCAGGAAAUGAAUGAUGGUUGGUCUGACCUAAUUUUUUCCAGCUUAUUGAGGCAUAACUGACAAACAAAAUUGUAAAAUAUUUAAAAUGUAUAAUGUGAUGAUUUAAGACACUGUAAAAGGAUUCCCCCAUCAAGUUAAUUAACGUAAUUAUCACCUCACAAAUUUAUGCCACACCCCGCCUUUUUGGUGAGAACGUUUAUGUUCCACUCUCAGCAAAUUUCAGUUAUAUACUAUGCUGUUAUUAACUCUAGUUAACCAGUAAUACAUUAGAUCCUCAUGGUCUCACCUAAUUUUGAAAAACAUAUCCUGAUUAAUGAUUAAUUUGCAAUAAGCGUCUGACCCAGCUCUGGCCAGUGAGAAGAAACUCUGAAGAAUAUUCAGUGAAGUAUGGGAAAAUAGGAUUCUCCAGAGGCUAACAAAUAUUUGAUUUUUUUUUUAAAGCCCUUUGAUUAUCCUGGAUAUUUUUUAUGUCUGGAUGUGAUACCUGAUAGUAGUUUUUGAUCCUAAGGUAGUAUCUGAAGAUGGCAGAACACAAAGCUGGAAAGAGGUUGGGUCAGCAGUGUCUUUUGAGUAGGUGAAUCAACCAACCCUAGAGCUUCUUUAUAUGAGAAAAAUUUUUUCUAAUUAAACUAGUUGAGUUGGGAUUUUCUGAAAAUGGUUUAACAAACUUACCGGUGUACCUUUUUGAAGAGUUACUAAUUCAGAAAUACUAACAUUCAUUAGCUUCCAGAGAGGACAUGUUGUGAGAAACUGAUUCAGGGGUGGUAAAUCUCCAUAUAGUGAGCCUAACCAUUAGAAAAACCCAUUUGUUAUUACAUUAUAUGAAAUGAGUGUCUAAUUCAUUGAGCUUUCUUUGCAUCUAUAUGAGAAAAGCACUUAGUAGAAAAUCAUUAUCUCAUGUAUACCUUAUAUUUAAAAUAUGUGAAAUAAACAUUAAGUUAAAUUGAA